GUUUCUGUUUACACAACCAUCUGCUCCAAUCAAAAUCGAAACCUCUGCCAUUCGAUUAAGUGUUAUCAGAUUGGGCUUGGAGAUGGGAGCGGCUACAAACGUUGUUGACAUGGAGGAGGGCACUCUCGAGAUCGGCAUGGAGUAUAGAACUGUUUCUGGUGUUGCAGGGCCUCUGGUCAUUCUUGAUAAAGUCAAGGGUCCAAAGUAUCAGGAGAUUGUCAACAUCCGUCUGGGAGAUGGAACAAUGAGACGAGGACAGGUCUUGGAAGUUGAUGGGGAGAAAGCAGUUGUGCAGGUUUUUGAAGGAACCUCAGGAAUUGACAACAAAUUCACAACUGUGCAGUUUACGGGGGAGGUGCUGAAAACACCUGUGUCAUUGGAUAUGCUUGGGCGGAUAUUUAAUGGCUCUGGAAAGCCCAUUGAUAAUGGUCCACCGAUUUUGCCUGAGGCUUACCUUGAUAUAUCUGGAAGCUCCAUAAACCCUAGUGAGAGAACCUAUCCUGAGGAGAUGAUACAAACAGGGAUUUCUACUAUUGAUGUGAUGAACUCCAUUGCUCGUGGACAGAAGAUUCCUCUUUUUUCUGCUGCUGGUCUUCCCCAUAAUGAAAUAGCUGCUCAGAUCUGUCGUCAGGCCGGUCUUGUAAAGCGGCUGGAGAAGUCUAUUGAUCACAUCAUGGAUGGGGAAGAGGACAAUUUUGCCAUUGUAUUUGCUGCUAUGGGUGUAAACAUGGAGACAGCCCAAUUUUUUAAGCGUGAUUUUGAGGAGAAUGGAUCAAUGGAGAGAGUGACUCUUUUCUUAAACCUGGCAAACGACCCCACCAUCGAACGAAUUAUCACUCCUCGUAUUGCCCUCACAACUGCAGAGUAUUUGGCUUAUGAAUGUGGAAAACAUGUUUUAGUUAUAUUGACAGAUAUGAGUUCUUAUGCUGAUGCUCUUCGAGAGGUAUCUGCUGCCCGAGAAGAAGUACCAGGAAGGCGUGGAUAUCCUGGAUAUAUGUAUACUGAUUUGGCAACAAUUUAUGAACGUGCUGGACGUAUUGAAGGACGAAAGGGCUCCAUCACUCAAAUUCCUAUUUUAACGAUGCCUAAUGAUGAUAUUACGCAUCCUACCCCAGAUCUUACUGGUUAUAUCACUGAGGGGCAGAUCUACGUUGAUAGGCAACUCCAGAAUCGACAGAUAUAUCCACCUAUCAAUGUGCUUCCAUCACUUUCUCGGCUAAUGAAGAGUGCUAUUGGGGAGGGAAUGACUCGUCGAGACCAUUCUGAUGUGUCCAACCAGCUGUAUGCAAAUUAUGCUAUUGGAAAAGACGUCCAAGCUAUGAAAGCUGUGGUUGGAGAAGAAGCACUUUCUUCUGAGGAUCUGCUGUAUUUGGAAUUCUUAGACAAAUUUGAGAGGAAAUUUGUGGCCCAAGGGGCCUAUGACACCCGUAACAUCUUUCAGUCACUUGAUUUGGCUUGGACACUGCUUCGUAUCUUUCCCCGUGAGCUUCUCCACCGUAUACCAGCCAAGACACUGGAUAAUUAUUACAGUCGUGAUGCAGCAAACUGA